UUUUUGCAAUGUUACAUCGGUGUCAAAUUAGCAAUGUCAGAUCCAAAACAAAAUGUCAUAUUGUGAAAAAAAUAACCCUACACUUAAUAAUACAGUAUGAAUUUUGGAUCCUUUAAGAAAAAAUAAAAACUCGAUAAAAACGUUGCUGUCGGUUUGCACCGAACGAUUGAAGUUAACCAAGCCAGCAAGCAACCCAAUUCUUCUAUUUCUUCUUCACCUUUAGAUUUUUCCUCGCUUAAUUUCUCAAUAACGCUCUCAGAGAGACCAUUUGAUGAAGCUUCUCGCUUCUGGAAUUUGAAAAGGAUUUGAUAAGACGAGUUCAUAGAAGAUUACCGCAAGUUCAUCAACUUUUUGAACUUGUUAUGGAGAUAAUCUCACUGAACGUUGUGCCCCAGUGCUCUGUGGUUACUUGGAGUAGUAAAUUAGCAACGAAAAGAUUGGUCCCAAAUCGGUCAAGUUUGUUAUUCUCAGGGGUCAAAAAAUCCAGACUUGUGAUUCGAAGUGGAAAUUCCGAUGGUUAUGUUGUUGGUGAGAAUGAUGACUUGGGUCGUAUAGCCAGAAGAGGAGAAUCAACGUCAAAGGUUUUGAUUCCUGGUUUGCCUGAUGAAUCAAAUGGUGAAAUUGCUGCUCGAAUCAGUCAUUCUCACUGCGAGUGGAAGCCCAAGCUUAGAGUACAUUAUGAGAAAGCCGGUUGUGACAAUCUCGAUGCUCCUGCGGUGUUGUUUCUUCCUGGCUUUGGCGUUGGUUCAUUUCACUAUGAGAAGCAGCUUACCGAUUUGGGAAGGGAUUAUCGAGUAUGGGCUAUUGAUUUUCUUGGACAGGGUUUAUCUCUCCCUACUGAAGAUCCUACUACCAUGACUGAAGAAACCAGUUCCUCGGAAGAUAAGGAACCAUUUUGGGGAUUUGGUGACAAAACUGAACCGUGGGCUGAUCAACUUGUAUUCUCUCUGGAUCUCUGGAGGGAUCAAGUUCAGUAUUUUGUAGAAGAGGUUAUCGGUGAGCCUGUGUACAUUGCAGGGAACUCACUUGGAGGGUAUGUAGCUCUCUACUUUGCAGCAACCCAUCCUCACCUGGUUAAGGGUGUUACCUUGCUUAAUGCAACACCUUUCUGGGGUUUCUUCCCUAAUCCAGUAAGAUCCCCAAAGCUAGCACGUCUCUUUCCAUGGCCCGGAGCAUUCCCUCUGCCGGAAAGAGUGAAAAAAAUCACAGAAUUGGUGUGGCAAAAGAUAAGUGAUCCUGAAAGCAUAGCUGAGAUACUUAAACAGGUCUACACAGACCAUUCUAUCAAUGUGGAUAAAGUAUUCUCACGUAUUGUGGAGGUCACACAGCAUCCGGCUGCUGCAGCAUCGUUUGCUUCAAUCAUGCUUGCUCCUGGUGGAGAGCUAUCUUUCUCCGAAGCUUUAUCUAGGUGUAAGGAAAACAAUGUUCAGAUAUGUCUCAUGUAUGGAAGAGAAGAUCCAUGGGUGAGACCGUUAUGGGGAAAGAAGAUAAAGAAGGAAAUCCCCAACGCUCCAUACUACGAGAUCAGCCCAGCGGGUCACUGCCCACACGAUGAAGUCCCUGAGGUGGUGAACUAUCUGAUGCGCGGGUGGAUCAAGCACCUGGAGUCUGGUGGUUUUGAAGCGCUCCCGCUUUUGGAGGACACUGAAGAAGAUUGGGAGGAGUCCAGGAUUGGUAGAGAAAUUGAGUUCCCGAGAGAUGGUUGGAAAAAAGCAGUGAAUCUGUGGUUAUAUGGGUCAAACUAUACGUACUGGAGAGGAGUUAGAGAAUCUUUCAGAUCCAGUUUUAUAAGGGUGUUUGGAGGGAAGUCUGCAUAGAAGAAGCAUGGAACAGUCGUCUAGUGUAAAUUAAUUGUAAUCUAUGUUGCAUCCGAUGCUAGCUAUAUAAUGUUGUCUGUAGAAUCAAGUUUCUAAAAUGUUCAAAAGGAAAAGUUAGAAAAAUAUCUACUUGAUAGUUAGUCACCUAAAUCGAAGGAACUCCUUUCUUGCAUUGUUGUAUAUAAUCCACAGGUUCAGAUUAAUAUAGGAAGGCGACAUUGCAGGCCAUAUGAGUUGUCUUAAAAAUUGGAAGAGAGCUUGAAAUUACUCUGAUUCCAAAAGAAGAAAGUGAGUGUAUUUGAAUUGUUAAUAAUUUCCAAAGGUGAACAG